AUGGGCGACGUUCGGUGGAGGACGUUGUGCUUGGCAUUUUUUGUUCUUUCAUUGUUAGCAUCUAGUGCUGAAGGACAAUAUGGUGCUAUGUCAAUUGAUCUGGGUAGUCAAUUCAUUAAAGUCGGUUUUAUCAAGCCCGGAGUGCCCAUGGAAAUCGUCCUCAACAAGGAAUCCCGUCGGAAAACGCCGAAUGUGCUAUCCAUCCGAAAUGGUGAAAGGCUCUUUGGGGAUGCAGCUCAAGGCCUGGCCGCCCGAUAUCCGGCUAGCGUUUAUAGUCAUCUUUACGAUUUGGUUGCGAAGCAUGUCAAUCAUCCAUCAGUGGAAAUGUAUCGACAGCGGUUUCCACAUCUGAAGCUGGAGAAGCAUGUCAACAAUAGUGCAGUGGUUUUCCCGAUAGGCGACACUAAUUAUCCUGUAGAGACGCUUCUGGCCAUGAUGUUAACGCAUGUGCGAGAGUUUACAGAAGCUUACGCUGAGCAAAGCAUUCGUGAUGUGGUCAUCAGCGUUCCCGCAUUUUUCACGCAACCAGAACGAAUGGUUAUUACAAAAGCGGCGGAAAUUGCGAAGCUGAAUGUAUUGCAGGUAAUCUAAAU